AUGAUACAAGAUAAUACAAAUUUUUUACAACUCAGAAGUAACUUAGACUCAGAUCUAUUAUCAAUAAAAGGUAGAAAUAACAAAGAUGAAAGUCUUAUAUAUGAAAUGAAAAAUCUUAAAGAACUUGUUAUUACAUAUUUUUUAAAUGAAUAUGCUAAGUUUUCAGCCCUAGUUGAAUUAAGUAAUGAAUUCAUUGAAGAAGCUUUAGCAAGUACAACAGGCCUUAAUAAUGAUAACAGUCAAGCUUUUCAUUUUAUUAUAAAUGCUUUACUUACUUUAAUUGAA